AUGACGGAUCCAGGCCUAAACUCGCUGCUAUCCUGGAGCAUCGAGAAUUCAGAUGCAGGCCGGAACAACCCCGACCAGCCCAUGCGAGAGCCCAAAGGACUUUCUGCCGAUGCUCUUCGCGCAUUGAUGGGAGGACCGAGUGACGCCGACCUGAUGCGACAAGCCAUGACCGUGAUUGUCUCAGGUGAUCCAGAAGCAACGCACGAUGCUAAAAUGACCGCCUUCGACAAUUUUGAGCAGCUGAUUGAAAAUCUCGACAACGCCAAUAACAUGGAACCACUGGGACUGUGGACGCCACUGAUUGCUCAACUCGACAGUCCGGAGGCAGACUUUCGCCGCAUGGCUGCCUGGUGCAUAGGCACCGCAGUCCAGAACAACGAGAAAUCUCAAGAGCGGUUCCUGGCCAUCAACGGCGUCCAGAAGAUAGCCAAGGUUGCUGUCGAUGACCCAGACAAUGCCGUACGAAGAAAGGCAGUCUAUGCUCUCAGUUCGAGCAUACGGAACUAUCAGCCGGCGAUGAAUGAGGCGGUAAAACAACUACCCAAAAAUAUUGUUGGACCAGACCAAGUCUCGGCUGCCGACAUGGAUGUCAUUGACGCGAUUAUGGCCAAGCUCAGGGAGGCGGAAUGA